AGAUGCCUCUUCCUCCUCUUCUCCAGAAACGGGCUCACGCUCUGCAGAGGCAACUGCUGUCCGCGUCUCUUCUUCAGGAGCUGGAGAUCUUCCUCAAGAGACAGGGAACCCAGAAAGCAGAGAAGAGACGCCCCAGUUUCACCAACGAGGAGAAUAUUUUAAGCUUCGACCAGAAUGAAAGCCUCCACCUGGAGGAGAAGUUUCGCUUGGACGACUUGUACGCCUUGGAAGAAGUUUUUGCCAGGCACAGCGUACUGGCAGAGGAGGUACAGGACGCCGAACGGCCUCAGAAACCUCCUUUUGCUAAGAAACUCAAGCCAAAGAAGACUGCGCGGCGGGAAGGGAAUCUCACCCUGCGCGAGUUCCAGAAUGUUCUGUCUCACCUGUUCGGGUCCGAGUACUUGGAUGAAAACAUGGAGCUGCUUUUCAACAAAGUGGACACGUCGUGCGACGGCUUUGUGGACUGGAGCGAGUUCUGCACAUACAUGCUGCUUCAGUACAAGGAGAGAGACUACGUGAUAACGCGGAAAAUGACCUUCCUGGGGUCCCCUGUAAUGCGUCUCUGCACCCGGAAUAAGCAAGAGCCGACGAGCCGGAUGCUGGCGAUCUCCUCUCCUCCUCCGCUUUGGUUCAUCAGCGUCAGUAAAGGAGGGGUACUGACGACCUGGAACACCGCCCUGAACCCCCAAAAGUCUUAUGAGAUCACAUUCGAUUCCAAGGAGACACAGUCUGGGAAGAGGAGGUUUAAAUAUUGGACCACGGACGCCGUGUAUUUGCCUAACGUCCACAAGAUUGCCAUGGCGACCACCUGCCGAGACAUUCACUUUUUUGACGUGUCCACGAUGAAUAUGUUUGAAGAGUUUCACCUUUUUGCUUUAAACCAUGUUCCGACCUGCUUUUAUUACUGGUAUAAUGUGAAGGCCCCGGGGGAUCGGUCUCUGCUCCUCUGGGGAGAUGACAGCGGUGGCGUGAACCUCCUCUGGCUCCUGAAACCCAAUUCUGGGGUGUUUGAGAAACCCUUUACCCGGCAGCCAGGCCCCCAUAGAAUAUACAUGCAGGAAUUAAGGGAGCACAGCAGCCUUCUGGCGUACCAAGCCAUGCUCAACAUCCACCCAGAAGCCAUCACCAAGCUCAUGUUUAUCCCCGAGCAGGAGCUCAUCGUCUCGUCAUCGGGCAGCUCCACCACCUCGGUGGUCAUCAUGGAUAUCCAUCAGAAGGGAAAGGUCUACACCUGGAACAUCAGCAAGGGCGUCCGCUGCUUCGACUACUCCAAGAGCAUGAACUUGCUCGUUACCGGCGGGUUGGACCACAAGGUUAGACUCUGGAACCAGUACGUCCCAAGCCGGCCAGUCGCUGUCCUAUCUGAACAUACCAUGGCCGUCCUGGAUGUGGUCAUAUACGAGCCUCUGAGGCAAAUAUUCAGUUACUCCAAAGACUCGGUCCUGAAGGUGUGGGACAUCUCCUCGCACAGCUGCCUGCAGACGCUGGUGUUAAAGUUCCCGUGUGUCCAGCCCGGUCGGAUUCACGAACAGGGGAACUUCUCUUUCCUGCUGGCGUCGCAGAAUCCUCGCCACCUCCUCGUCUCCUAUUCCGAUUACAUUGGGAUGCUGAGGCUGGCGCGGGCCGACCGAGGCGAGGACGCCCUGGUUACUCACGACGCUCCUCUGUCUGGGGUCCUUUACAACAGCUUCUUCCAUCAGGUGGUGACAGCGAGCGAGGACUCGACCGUCGUGGUUUGGGACGUGGAAACCGGCACCAAAAGCCUUCUGCUCAACAACGUCCACGGAUCAGAGGAGAUCACAUGCGUGGCUUUCGACAGAUCGCAGAGGAAGCUGAUAACAGGAGCCAGGAACGGGGGUCUGAAGAUCUGGAACAUACAGAACGGGCACAAUCUGCACCGCCUGCAGCCCGUGGAUGAAGCCGAGGUCACUUGCGUUCUGCCGCUCGGGGAUCAGAGGCUACUCAGCGUGGGCUGGAACCGAAAAAUUAUCCUUUAUGACACAACAAAUACGGAAAACAUGUAUGUUACGGCUAACGCGUCAUGGAAAGGGGGGCAUCAGCAUAAAGAGGACAUCCUGACCGCCGACUUCUGCCCCUCGCUGGGGCUUCUGGUCACAGCCAGCUUCGAUGGGGAAAUAAUAGUGUGGAACACGGAGACUCAGAGAGUGUACGUCUACCUGCGGGAGCGCCCCCGGCAUCACCCCCCGGUGGAUAAAGUCCUCUUCCUGCAGCAGCGUUCGUCUCUCAAAGAGUCGGCCAUACUUGUCAGCUCGGAGGCCGGAGUCCUGCGCUGGUGGGGCAUAUUCACUCAUCACAAGGAAUUUGGGUGUUUUUAUGCUCCUGGGAAACCCGACGAGUCUGUUUUUGGAUUAGCAUGUAACGAAUCCAGCAGCGUACUUGUGUCAGGAGACACGUCUGGGUUUAUCCACGCGUGGGACGUUUCUCGGUACGCUUUGCAGGCCACAGACAAGGAGGAGAGACCCCCUUUGCUGUUCUCUUGGAAGGCCCACGCCGGUGCUGUUGUGAGCAUGGACUGCCUCCUGUUUGACUCCAAGCAUUUUGUCACCAGUGGGUCUUCUGACCGAACGGCCAGGCUCUGGACGAUGGAUGGGAAAUGCGUUGGCACGUUCGGCCAGUCCAAGAACUGGAACCUGCGGGACCCGGCGACGUACCAGCACGGCACGACACCAGACUCUGAGAGGUGGAAUCCAACAGAGAUGGGCCGACAUGGAGUGGAGGGGAUGGAGGGCCGCGAGGGAGAGGAGGGCAUGGAGAGCCGCGAGGGAGAGAAGGGCAUGGAGAGCCGCGGGGGAGAGGAGAGCAUGGAGAGCCGCGGGGGAGAGGAGGGCAUGGAGAGCCGCGGGGGAGAGGAGGACAUGCAGAGCCGCGGGGGAGAGGAGGGCAUGGAGAGCCGCGGGGGAGAGGAGGAGACGCCCGCGGCGCCGUCUGGAGAGGGCGAGGGACGGGCUGAGCUCGGCAGCAAUGUGACGGCUGUUAUCAGUCAGGAAUCGGGCGCUGGUCCUCGCAGACCGGGCAUUUUAGGGAGGAGCGUACAAGAGGAACUGACCAAGAUAUCAACAACUAAAAAGGAUCGCAGGCGUCUGGCCCCCGACAUCGACGUCAACAAAUGUCACCGCUUCGGCCAGCUCUGUUCCCCGUUCCAGGCCUUGGCUAUGCCGGAUAUGGAGGAAUUUGCCCUUCCCGGGAACCUGCCGGUGUGGAGGAGAGGUGUUGGCUCUGGCGUGGAGGGCACCAACUCGGAGACGCGGGAGAGGAAACCCUCAUAGGAGCCGCGUCCCAAAACCG